AUGUGUGAGGACGUGCAGAACGCUAGUCUAGGCAGUGAGGACAUGCAGAACGCUAGUCUAGGCAGUGAGGACAUGCAGAACGCUAGUCUAGGCAGUGAGGACGUGCAGAACGCUAGUCUGGGCAGUGAGGACAUGCAGAACGCUAGUCUGGGCAGUGAGGACGUGCAGAACGCUAGUCUGGGCAGUGAGGACGUGCAGAACGCUAGUCUGGGCAGUGACGACGUGCAGAACGCUAGUCUGGGCAGUGAGGACGUGCAGAACGCUAGUCUGGGCAGUGACGACGUGCAGAACGCUAGUCUGGGCAGUGAGGACGUGCAGAACGCUAGUCUGGGCAGUGAGGACGUGCAGAACGCUAGUCUGGGCAGUGAGGACAUGCAGAACGCUAGUCUAGGCAGUGAGGACGUGCAGAACGCUAGUCUGGGCAGUGAGGACAUGCAGAACGCUAGUCUAGGCAGUGAGGACGUGCAGAACGCUAGUCUGGGCAGUGAGGACGUGCAGAACGCUAGUCUGGGCAGUGAGGACGUGCAGAACGCUAGUCUGGGCAGUGAGGACGUGCAGAACGCUAGUCUGGGCAGUGAGGACGUGCAGAACGCUAGUCUGGGCAGUGAGGACGUGCAGAACGCUAGUCUGGGCAGUGAGGACGUGCAGAACGCUAGUCUGGACAGUGAGGACGUGCAGAACGCUAGUCUGGGCAGUGAGGACGUGCAGAACGCUAGUCUGGGCAGUGAGGACGUGCAGAACGCUAGUCUGGGCAGUGAGGGCGUGCAGAACGCUAGUCUAGGCAGUGAGGACGUGCAGAACGCUAGUCUGGGCAGUGAGGACGUGCAGAACGCUUGUCUGGGCAGUGAGGACGUGCAGAACGCUAGUCUGGGCAGUGAGGACGUGCAGAACGCUAGUCUGGGCAGUGAGGACGUGCAGAACGUUAGUCUGGGCAGUGAGGACGUGCAGAACGCUAGUCUGGCAGUGAGGACAUGA